CACACAUCGGGUGCUGAAGCUGCACCAAGACCCAGCCCUGACACGCAAACCGCAUUCUGUCACUCCGACCGCUUGUUCGUCGUCGGCGGAACUAUCGAGUGGGACCUCUCGUUCACGAAAGAAGACCAUGUUCUCGUCAAGAAGUUCUGGCACAUAUGAGAGGCUGGAGACCGGCCAGGGACCCAGCCGCGGCACCCUGAUGCGCUUUGCUCCGUGGAAGAAGUUUGCGCUGGGCGCUGUUGUAAUUAUUGGCUUAUUCUACGUGCUAGGCCCAAGCAAGUCGCGACUCAUACCCGGUAGCGUUCCUUCAAUAGGGAAGCCUGAUACCACAAAUGUGGACUACAGUCCUCCGCCACCAGCGCCACCAGCUCAUGUUACAGCUCCUGUGCAUGAUGAUGAUAUGCUUCCGUCCAAACCCAACAAGUUGCCCACCGGUCCCGAGAACGACCCUGAUCUUUCCAAAACCGUCCACUGCACGGUCCCAUACAAAUCUUCCGUGCCGUUGGUGCAGUAUGCUCUCAUGAUCGACGCAGGCUCAACAGGCUCGCGCAUCCAUAUCUACAAGUUCAACAAUUGUGGACCAUCACCAAUGUACGAAUACGAAGUCUUCCGCAUGACGAAGCCCGGGCUGUCUUCAUACAAGGGCCGCCCGCAGGAAGCAGCUCAGAGUCUGGAUGGAUUGCUCGAUGAGGCGAUGAAAGUCGUGCCGGAGGCGCUGCGAUCGUGUACACCCGUCGCUGUGAAGGCGACGGCAGGCUUGCGCUUGUUAGGCGCGGCGGAAAGCGCUGCUAUCCUGGAUGCAGUCACGAAGCGGCUGCACGAUAAGUAUCCCUUCAGCGUGCAGGAGCCCGACGGUGUGGUGAUCAUGGAUGGGAAGGACGAGGGAGUCUAUGCGUGGAUCACCGUGAACUACCUCAUGAAUACCAUCCGGAGCGACUCGCCAGCACGUGCGCCAACCUACGCGGUUCUGGACCUCGGCGGCGCGUCGACGCAGGUUGUAUUCGAGCCCGUCUUUGAGAAGUCGGACUCGAAGAUGGAGGACGGCGAGCACAAAUACGAACUGGCUUUCGGUGGGAAGAAGCACGUAUUGUACCAACACUCGUACCUUGGGUACGGGUUGAUGCGUGCUCGCCAGAGCGUGCACCGACUAGUCGAGUUCAUGGGCUCCCUGCGCGGGUCUGCCAGUGGUGCGAACGCGACCGUCGUGAACCCUUGCCUCGCUCAAGGUACGUCGAGGCUCGUGGAGAUCGAGGACGAGCGCCUUGGUGGCAAGUUCAACGUCACUAUGGUCGGACAGGACGUCGGCUCGUUCGAGUCAUGCAAUCGCAUCGUCGAACUUGUGAUGGCCAAGGACGCCAUCUGUGAGACGAAGCCGUGCUCCUUCAACGGCGUCUAUCAGCCUUCGUUGCUCGAGACCUUCCCCUCGGGCAAGCUCCUCCUGCUGUCGUACUUCUAUGACCGCCUGCAGCCUUUCCUCGCCGCUUCCAAGACACUCGCGUCUGCGCCGCUGCACGUCUCGACAUUCGGCACGCUCGCCGAACAGGUGUGCCGUGGAAAGUCGACAUGGACGGAGCUCUGGGGCGGCGACGCGGCGCUUAUGGAGGAGCUCGAGGGCCGCCCGGAGUGGUGUCUGGACCUGACGUUCAUGCACGCGCUGCUGCGUCUCGGGUACGAGCUUGGCGGCGAGCGCGAGGUGGAGGUCGGGAAACAAAUAGAGGGGACGGAGCUUGGCUGGUGUCUGGGUGCAACUCUGGCGAUGGUCGGUGCGGACUUGAAGUGUAGGGCUUAGAAAGAUCAUAUUUAUUGUAUGUGUAUGAUCUACUAUCGUAUGCUAGUCUAGUCAAAUCGGA